GAAUAAUGAAACUAAUGUCGAAAAAAAAGUGGCCUUCCUGGCCGUGCCUACGACGUCACUUCCGCCCGCUGCCCGUUCUGCUUCCUGCCUUGCUGAGGGAGGGGACGGUGCUGACGGCUGGGUGGACGCGAAGAGCGACAAGAAAGCCCUUGGAAAGACUCGAGAGAGAGCGGGGAACGGCCCUGGUUUACACCGUCCGUCGGGAGAUAAGCACCCCGAAUUUCCGUAGCAGCCGAAUUUGUCAUCGAAGCGGCGCCGAAAAAUGUCGAACAGUCGUCAGCUGAGCGAGAGCAGGGCCAUCCCGACCAGGACGGUGUUGAUCAACGACACAACGCAGCUACCUCAUGACUAUUGUACCACCCCUGGAGGCACUUUAUUCUCUACCACUCCCGGAGGAACGCGAAUCAUCUACGACCGCAAGUUCUUGCUGGAUAUGCGUAAUUCGCCCAUGGCCCAGACCCCGCCCGCUCACCUGCCUGUCAUCCCCGGCGUGACCAGUCAAAACACACUCCAUGAGAACCGGAAGAAUGAAGCCAAGAACCACGUCAACAAUCACGACGGAAAGCCUACGAAUGGUGACGACGCUCAGUUUGAAAUGGACAUCUGACAGACUGGCACCAGCACACACACAAAAAAAAAA